AUGGCGGCUGAAGAUGAUCCCCAAAACAAUACUAAACUAGUCAGAAGGGGGACGACAUGCAGUGUGUUUAUCAGCCAGGAAAAGACUAGCCAGCCGGUGAUCUUUAACCCAGACUUCUUUGUGGAGAGGCUGCGAUAUGAGCAUCCACAGGCCUUCGCGGAUCUGGUUCUUAGCAAUAUUACUCGACUCAUAGACCUUCCAGGGGACGAGUUUGCCCAGCUCACAGGAGAGUGUGAGGCCAGGGUGCCUUCGACCAGUGGCUUUCUACGGUCCUUCAACUUCCUGAAACGAAAAGACAAAGGAGUGGUUUUUGGUGCACCCUUAACUGAGGAAGGAAUAGCACAUAUCUAUCAGCUCAUUGAAUACCUGAGUAAAAACCUUCAUGUGGAGGGUUUGUUCCGUGUGCCAGGCCACAGCCUUAGGCAGGCAGCACUGAGGGAGAUGCUGAAUGCUGGGGCAGAGAUAGAUCUAGAGACAGGAGACUUCCAUCCCAAUGAUGCUGCCACGUUGCUCAAAGCCUUCCUGGGAGAACUGCCUGAGCCUCUGCUUACACACAGACACUAUCAUGCUCACCUGAAGAUUGGAGAACUGACCUGCUUUGAUGACAAGGGAGAUAAGACCAACUUACCUGACAAGGAGCGGCAGAUUGAGGCAUUUCAGCUGAUUUUCAUGCUGCUCCCCUCAGCUAACCGCAGCCUGUUAAAGCUUCUGCUGGACUUGUUAUAUCACACCGCUCGCAAUCAGCACAUCAACAAGAUGUCUGCUAUCAAUCUAGCCACAAUGUUCGCUCCACACAUCAUCUGGCCCAAAAAUGUGUUGGCAAGUGAUCUGCAGGGAAACAUUGAUAAACUGAAUAAAGGCAUUGCUUUCCUCAUCAGGCACUCACAAAAACUAUUUAAGGCACCUGCAUAUAUCAAAGAUUAUGCACGCCUAUACUUCACAGGAUCAAAAACUCUUCAAUCAAAGGAUGAUUUGACACUCUGUUCUGGGACCAAAGAUGGCCCCUUGGCUGUGGUAACAGCCGCCUCCCCAUCUCCCUCCAUGAGAACAAUCAGUGGUGAUGAUAGCGGCACCUGCACGAUUGGGUCAUCUGAGCCUCAGAGUUAUACUGAAUCUGCACUCAAAGAGCUGUACCAGCAAGUCAACAACAUGCCUGAGUCUGCCAAAAAAAAGAAACUGAUCAGACAGUUUGAGAAGCAGCCUUUGCAGACACCUUCAGCUGACUCUCGGACACCUUUCAGCAGGAAACAUUGGCGUUCACGCUCUUUGGGUGGAAUUAUCAAGAGGAAGGUGUUGGGGAGCCAAAUAUCAACAGAGAAAGAAAACGGCAGACUGCAGAGUCCUGUACCCAGCAGUUCAGUUGAUGGACGCAGAAGAGAA